UGAAGUGUGUUAUCUUUCUGCACGAAGGAGAGCUUACGGAAUGUUGUGCAAGUGAUCGUGUGUGACAGUAUACAUUACAGUGGUUAGGAGGAAAGGUCAGGGCAAGUGGAAGUAUUGACACUAUGCAGCGUGUUUUGGUUAAUAUUUCUCCGUUACUAAGGCACUCCUCAAAGGAGAGUUUUACUGCGUUUGGUACUAAAACAACGCUGGUCAGAAACAUAUCAGUCAGUUGCAACAAUUUUAAUUCGUUUAAAAUCCAGGAUGUAAAUGAUUUCAAUGAAAGAGUGAAGAAUAGUAAAGUUCCUGUUAUUGUGGAUUUCUUCGCAACAUGGUGUAACCCCUGUAGAAUGUUAGCGCCUCGUAUUGAAUCUGUCAUCGCUGAGAAAAAGGGACAGGUAGUUCUUGCGAAGGUAGACAUUGAUGAACAAACAGAUCUGGCACUGGAUUAUGACGUUUCUUCAGUCCCUGUGCUUGUUGCAAUAAAGGAUGGCAAGGAAGAAGAUCGUUUAAUUGGCCUGCAAGAUGUUGACAAGCUAAAAAAGUUUGUUGAUAAUAUAUGUGGAAGUACUGCGGCAGCAGCAGCAAAGGCAUCAUAGAAUUGAAAACAUUACAAAUAUCUUACUGUGAUAUAUGUUCUCAGAAUAUUACUUCACAUAGUUCAAUAAUGUUCUGUAAAUUUUGUUAUGCGUCAAACGUAAUGCAGAAAUGAAUAUAAUUAAACCACUCCCUUUCCCGAGAACAAGGCUCUAUAGGCCUAUACAUAACACAGACGGUGUUCACUCUUGUGCAAUUAAUAUUCACUGUAAUAAGACACUGGUAAUAAAAAGUUAAUCCUGAAA